AAUUCCAGCACUUUAUGCUGGAGUGAAAUGGUUGAUAAUUUUGCUCAGAAAGCGGAUUUGUUGUGUUGUUGAUAAUUGUUUUUCUGUGAAAGUAUGCCUUCCUUCCCGUAUUUCUCAGUUCUGACCACCUUUGGGGUGUUCUGUGCUCUAUUUGCCAUAAUCCUCCAGGGUUUCUUUGCCUCCCAAGACCUCAAAAGAAUCACGGAAAUUCUUUCGAAUCUUCUACUCUUGGAGAACCUGGAUGUUGUGUCCCAGCGUGUAGCCGUGGGCUAUGGUUCGUGCAAGGAUAUCUAUGUUCCUGCCACGCAAUUUCUCAAUUAUACCCUGACCCAGUGUCGAGAGGAGUGCGUGGGUGGUGAGAUAUCAAAUCGGCAUGACCUCUUUGAGAACUUUGGAUACUUCUUCCAACGAGGAGCUGCUGCUGAACGCUACACAUCCAACAAAUCACUAUUCGAUGAAUUAGUUGAAGAAGCCAAGGAGAGGACAUUGGAUACAAGUUGGUCUAUGGGCGGGAAUGCUCCAAUGAUGGCCAGGAGAUUUCAUCUGGAGGGAGCAAAUGUUCUUUUGGGUGCACAAAUGACGAAAGAAUUGAGAAAGGCAAUCCCUGAGGAUAUCAUUGUGUCGUAUCCAUCAUCAAUUGACCAAGAUGACGUUCACUUGAUUAUGGAGUAUAGGUCAGGAGAGAAAUGGGGACCCUUUCGCGCUCCUCGUGCCAAUCGUUUUAUCCUCCACAAUGACCAAAAUAAUCCAACAUUGAGUGUCCUGGAAUCCCUCGAUGCAUAUUUAAAGGAUUUCAAUCCACGCUUAUUUGUCGUGAGUGGCCUCCAGAUGAUGGAUAACUUUCCCUUCCCUGAUGGGAUUCGAGUAACGCGCCUAUCAAAGGUUCGAAAACAAAUAACAUCUCUGCCCAGCUCGGCGCUCGUUCACUUUGAGAUGGCCAGCUACGUGGAGAUCGAUCUAAUUGACCAACUUCUUGAGUAUGUGAUCCCAUAUAGUGACUCUGUGGGUAUGAAUGAACAAGAAUUGGAGAAUCUGCAGCGAUUCCUGUCCACAGGAACCAUCACUUUGGCAGCAGAUUCCAAUCCUCGUGUUGCCAAAACCCUGAGGCAGAUGCGUGAAAUAUUCACAGCUAUCCGAACACUUCCUGUAAAUAAUCCCCAACGUCGUACUCUGACCAGGAUUCAUGUUCAUACUCUUGCCUACCAAGCCAUUCUUAUUGCCAAUGAAUCUGAAUGGAAAAAUGUCGUUAAUGCCGCUGCAAAAGCCGCUCUCACAGCUCACAGGCAUGUCUGUGGUACGGAUCACAUUAAUCCAGACAUGGCUUCAUUGAUUUUAGAUGAUAGUUUUGCAACAACAAUGAAUCCUGGUGACCCUGGUAGUCAACGUAUUAAAAUUAAUUCCAGAGAUCCCGUAUCUUGUUGGCAAGAAAGCAUUUCUGAAACAGAAGUCACAAUUUGCGUUGCACCUGUCCUUGUUUGCAAAAGUGCAAGACAAACAGCCGGUGCUGGUGAUAAUAUAUCUGCUGCAGGACUGAUUUUACAAAUUUAAAAAUUCCAUUUGUGAGAAUGAAGACUACGUCACUGGACUGUGUAGUGUAUGUUCAUUUUAAUCGAUUUUUACUGUUGAUUAUGCUAAGUGUUUAGAGUGCCCAUUUUUACUGCGCAAGAAAGGCAUUUUUUUAUUCCAAUGAUAGACUUAAUUUCUUAGAAAUAGAUUAGAUUUGUAUUUAAAAGAAAAUCGACGAGUUGCAAUAUCGUGCGUUCUCAAUAUUUCCGAGAAAUUGUAAUCUAGCUUGAUUCAAAUUCAAGCUGUUUAAUGAUAAAGUUAUAUCGGAUUUAUUUAGAAAAUAUUAAAACUACAAAUAUCGUUACACAAUUCCUUAAAAUUGCUCAAAUAAAGCGUUUUUACAGCUUUAUUGGAGAACGAAAUCUCUCUUGAACUAGCCCUAUCUAGCCGAAAUCUUUCGCGUUUUUUUUUCUAGAAUAAGAUAUAAGAUGUAAAGCCUUCAUAGCUUCCCUUAACGUCACCUAAAAUACUCAUCAAACAUCCACUGCUAAGCAUUCAUUCCAUUAAUAACGAAGAUUUUAAAAUAGAAAAGAAAUGAAUUAAACGAAUCAUAAUCGAA